AGAAAUAAUAAAUUGCUUCUGUUACACCUCCGUCUCUGCGGGGUCUGAAUCUCCCGCACUGUUUCAGACUCCCUAUAGAGUGAGCAUAUGACCCCUUUCAUGCGGUCGUGCGGCUGGGUAUUCUUGCUAGAAGAAGAAGAAGAAGACGAAGAAGAAGCAUAAUCAGAUCCUGAUCGCGAUAUUGCGGCUUCCCCAGAAAGAAGUGGGUUUCUUGUUGCAGUGAGCCAGUGAUUUAUAGUGAUUAAUUGUGGUAAAUUGCAGUGAGCCAGUGAUUUAUAGUGGGUUUCUUGUUAUUGAUUGAUUAUGCACGCAAGGCUCGCAAAUUCAGCUUACUUAAGAUUAGUAUUGAUGUCAGCUUUGAAAUGGAUCUAUUUUGUAAAAUAUUGAGUACAGGCGUAUUUGGCUUUUCUUAUUUGUGGUCGGAAUUUUCCAUUGAAGCAUUUUGGGUUGCAUUUGAUUGUCAGACUGUCUAGUUUUGGGAAUAGAAUGAAAAAAAUCACAAUGUGUAUGGGAACUAAUGAUUUUAGAAAAGUCAACUGCCCAAAAACUAGCAAUUCCAUUCCACAUGGAUUACAAUGGUAAUAGAUAUUCUCACUGCAAAAUUUGUGAAUUGUCCUUUCUUGUUUAUUCCAUCCAUGUUAUGGAUUCAUGAACUUUUUGCAUUGUUAUUUAUUUUGUAACUAUGGUACGUCAAUUUUUUUAUCAAAUUCUUAUAUUACAUUGAUUCUAUCUCUGGGAAUAGACUACCAAUCUAACCUGAAUGAUUUAGGCUUGAUCGUUUUUUGCAUUGACAUGUAUAAUAGAUAGAGCAGAUGAUGAAAUGGAAUUCUUGUGGGUGAUCCUCAAGCUGCUGCUAUACAGGAGACAACAGGCUUUGUCCAGCUGACUCGUUUGAUUCAUCAAUGCUGAAGCUGUUUGUUCAAUUUAUUGUCUUUGACAAUGCAACAUAUUUUUGUUCAAAAUUGUUUGUUUACCAAUGUUGCUGCCUUAUAAGUCUUUCAGGAACAUGCUUGCAUUUGAAACUGGUUUAAGUGGAAGAUUGACUUCUAAAAUCUAGUGUCUGAUACUGUAAUUGACUCAUGUUUCAUGUUCAUAGAUGUCUUUGUACAUCUUUGUAUUGCAAAGAGCAAGCAUUAAGACUUAUAGAGGAUCCAGAGUGUUUAAUUGAACAAUGAAAUUGCUGUUUCAUGGUAAAUCAGAAUAAGAAGAAGAAUAAUCUUAUUAUUUAUUACUUUUAUUGUUUUUUGUUCUGUAAAAUAAGUAACUUGGUUAUGGAAUUACUUUUAAGUUUGUGAACAUCAGUGUCACAUGAUGGUAGUAUCUUAUGGUUGCAACAGUAUAUUAAUAGUUAAGUUUGUUAACCAGCAGGAUUGACUAGAAUAGUGUUUGCAGGUAUAAUAACUAUAUAAAAGUUAACUUGGAUAGACUGCCUCCAUGGCUGCUUCAGAAGAAAAUGGUGCAUUGUUCCCAAUAUUCAUCCUGACCAUAAUGGCCCUGCCUUUAAUACCUUAUACAAUAUUAAAACUAUUCCGUGCUGCCUCAAAGAAAACAAGGAGCAUCCAUUGCCAGUGUUCUAUGUGCUCUCGCUCUGGAAAAUAUCGUAAAUCAAUAUUUAAGCGCAUAUCCAACUUUUCAACAUGCAGCAAUCUGACACUGCUGCUACUUUGGGUCAUUAUGGUGGUCCUUGUUUAUUAUAUUAAACAUAUGAGUUGUGAGAAUCAAGUAUUUGAGCCAUUUAGUAUUCUUGGAUUAGAACCUGGAGCUUCAGAGUCAGUAAUAAAGAAGGCAUAUAGGAAACUCUCUAUUCAGUACCAUCCUGAUAAAAAUCCAGACCCAGAGGCGCACAAGUAUUUUGUGGAGUACAUAGCUAAGGCUUACCAGGCGCUGACAGAUCCAGUGUCCCGUGAGAAUUUUGAAAAAUAUGGCCAUCCAGAUGGCAGACAGGGGUUUCAAAUGGGCAUUGCUCUACCUCAGUUCCUGCUAAACCUUAAUGGGGAGUCUAGUGGUCUUCUUUUGCUUUUGAUUGUUGGAGUUUGUAUUCUUUUGCCAUUGGUGAUAGCUGUUAUCUAUCUUGCAAGAUCUUCAAAAUAUACUGGAAAUUUUGUUAUGCAUCAGACACAAUCCACCUACUAUUUCAUGAUGAAACCUUCAUUGGCUCCAAGCAAAGUUUUGGAUGUCUUGGUUCAUGCUGCUGAAUACAUGGAAAUUCCAGUUCGUAGGACUGACAAUGAACCCCUUCAGAAACUUUUUACAUUAGUCAAGAGUGAGUUGAACUUGGACCUCAAGAAUAUUAAGCAAGAGCAAACCAAGUUUUGGAAGAAGCAUCCAGCACUUGUUAAGGCAGAAUUGUUGACUCUGGCUCAGUUAACCCGUGAAUCAUCUGCCUUAUCUCCAGCUUUACAUGGUGAUUUUAGACGUGUUAUAGAAUUUGCGCCCCGCCUUCUUGAAGAGCUGAUGAAGAUGGCUGUUGUACCUCGGAAUGCUCAACGGCAUGGAUGGCUGAGGCCUGCAAUUGGAGUUGUUGAGCUUUCUCAAUGUAUCAUUCAGGCUGUUCCUCUCAGUGCAAAGAAGUCAUCUGGAGGAUCUGCUGAAGGCAUUGCACCCUUUUUACAGCUGCCACAUUUUAGCGAGGCAGUUAUGAAAAAGAUAUCUCGCAAAGUACGGACAUUUCAGGAGUUUUGUGACAUGACCUCAGAGGAACGUGCUGAGCUUCUGAUUCAAGCAGCUGGUUUUUCUCCCGCUGAAGUGCAAGAUGUGGAGAUGGUAGUUGAAAUGAUGCCUUCCAUAACAACUGAAAUUACAUGUGAGACUGAAGGUGAAGAGGGCAUACAAGAGGGUGACGUUGUCACAAUUAAUGCUUGGGUGACACUUAAACGUGUUAAUGGCCUGACUGGUGCCCUUCCUCAUACCCCACACUUCCCAUUUCACAAAGAGGAAAAUUUCUGGUUUUUGCUGGCAGAUGCCGUCUCAAAUAGUGUUUGGUUUUUCCAGAAGGUUACUUUCACUGAUGAAGCCACAGCUAUAACUGCUGCUUCGCAAGCCAUCGAGGAGGCAACAGAGGGAAUAGGUGCAAAUGCAAAGGAGAUAAGUAAGGCAGUUAAAGAAACAGUCGAGAAGGUGAAGAAUGGAUCCCGACUGGUCAUGGGCAAGUUCCUAGUCCCUGCAGAGGGGAAUUACAAUUUGACUUGUUACUGCCUCUGUGACUCUUGGCUUGGUCGUGACACAGAGACCAACUUGAAGCUGAAAGUUUUGAAACGAACUCGAGCCGGAACCCGGGGGAGCACUAUGGUGGAAGGGGAACCUGGUCCUGUCGAUGAGGUUGACGAGGAAGAGGAGAAUGAAGAUGAGGAAUGUGAUGACUAUGAGAGUGAAUACAGUGAAGAUGAUGAUGCAGAUGCACAGGAUACAAAGAAGGGCUCUGCUGCCAAUGGCUCUAGAUGAAAAGAAACCAGUAGGUAAUUAAAAUGACCAAGACACCAAUGAUUAAAGAAUGUCCAGAUUUUCUUUAUUGGUUGGAAAAUAAGCCUUUUUUUUGGGAGUUGAAUGAGCAAAUGUUGUUUUUUAUGUACCCAUCAUUGUGGUGAAAUGUAUUGACAUUAUAGAGCAAGUGCUUAUAGCCUAUUUGAUCUGUUCAAGUACCAA